AUGUUAGGCUCCGCCGCAACGGCGACAGCUGCUCUAGCGAUUGCUGUUUUAGCAAUACUGUUCACACUCUCCUUGAUCUAUUUGAUUCGACUCAAGAAUGCUUCAUCUAGGCGUGGAAAAUCGCGACGUACAGUUCACCUCCUCGUUGUUCUGGGGAGCGGCGGACACACUGAAGAGAUGCUCUCGAUGAUGAGAUACGCGCGUCUGGAUCCUUGGAUCUAUGCGCAACGGACCUAUCUUGUCAGCUCUGGGGACUCGUUCAGCGCAAGGAAAGCAGCCGAGCUUGAACGCGAGCUUUCUCAGACCGCCCGCUCCACCUUCCCGUCAAAAGAAGCAAAAGCAAGGGCUUCACGUUCGAAAGCGCGCCCGGAUCACUCUUUAUUACCCGCAGCAUCGUCAAAUGUCCAAACAGACUAUGCUAUUGUCACCAUUCCUCGAGCGAGAAAGGUACACCAAAGCUUUUUAACUGCCCCCCUUUCGACUCUUCACUGCCUCUGGGCAUGUUUCUUGGUGCUUCAAGGCAAGCAUCUGGAUCAAAUGACUUUAAAUCCCGCACAGUCCCGUUCUCCAGCUUAUCCAGACGUCAUUUUGACCAAUGGGCCGGGAAUAGCAGUCUGUGUGGUUAUCGCUGCUCGAAUGGUGCGCCUCUUCAACUGGCUAUUCGCUAUCAACCCGCCGCCCUUUGAAAAGUUGGGAAAAACACGUCGUGGUAAGGAAAGGAGGUACCUCCGAACCAUUUUCAUCGAGUCCUGGGCGCGCGUAACAACCCUAAGCUUGUCCGGGAAACUUAUUCUUCCGAUUGUGGACCGGUUCCUGGUUCAAUGGAAACCCUUGGAGGGAUAUUCGAGCUGGAAUGGAAAGAAAACGGAGUAUGUAGGAACGCUCCUGUGUUGA